CGGCGGUUGAUCAUGCCGAGCAACAAUCGACUGCAGUCGAUGUAGAGAACAAGCUGACAGGCGACGUCAGGCAUCUUAAAACUGGAGACGCAGCGGACGCAGCCAAGGGGGUGAACGAAUUCAUGAAGGUGGGCAUCGACUUUGAGAUUGGCAAGGUGGGAGAAGGCGUGCGGCGCAUUAAGCAAGAGUUUUUGGAGGCGCACAAGUCGGCUCAGAUGGAGUACGACAGCGCGGUCGAGAGGGGCGAGGCGGACGAAGAGAUCGAGAAGCUCAGGCAGCGGCUCGGACAUGCCGCCUCGGACAUGGAGUACGCCCCCUCCCCCCCCCCCCCCCCUGGAACACGAACAUGAUGCCAAUCCGAGGCGUUUGCUUUCGGCAACAGGUGCGUGCUUUAUGUCGAGCGCGAGAAGGCUGGCAGCAGCGAGAAGACGUUCGCCAACGGCAGCUUGAAGCGCGAUUGCGACUCGAGCGGGAAUGUCCUCAGCAAUCGCAUCACCGCUCGCGGGGAGGGAAUGGACCUCGAGGACUUUUGCAAUCACCCCUCGGCUCGGACCGCAAAGCUGCACGUCGCGCAUGUCUUCGCGCUGCGCUUGUACACAACAGCAGCUUUCGCGCGAGUGAACGGGCCCUUUCGCGACCCCGACCCCGACAGGCCAACCCACCCGUUCCCAAUCACAGUACACUACAUCAACGAGGGAAUCAGCAAGCUGCGCGCCGUGGGCGCCGAGGAGGGUGGGCUGGCGCGGCUAGACUUCUGGCGCGGCAUGCAGAACAUUGGCCUUGACGACAACAAGUGCAACUUCCUCAAGGACGGCGGGACGGUCAGCACCACCACAUAAGAACCACGUGUCUGCUGCCUCUAUGUGCUAACCCUGCUCAUCUCCAUCCUACCUUUCCCUGCCAUACAGGAGGUGGCCCCGAUGAGCACGACUAAAGAUCUCUCGGUCGCCGUUGAGUACUCGAUGAGUACUCGGCCGCUCCUCUUCCGCUUGGUCACAACAUCCUUCAUGCAGCGCGGCGCAGACCUGAGGUUUCUCUCUGCGUUCCCUGUCGAAGCUGAGUACCUCUACCAGCCGCUGACUUUCUUGCGACCCACUGGCAAGAGGGUCGAGGUCGAGAUCACCAACAAGGACAUUCAAGCAGCUACUGAGGGCAAGAGAACUCUCCUUGUCGCGUCCCUAACCUUCACUGUCGUGGAGGUCGAGCCCUUGCACUGAGCGGCGCCCGCGUAUGACACGCGUCGGUGAGAGGGCGCCUGUCAUGCUCAUUUAGCGCGCAAUGGCUGUUGUGAGUGUUGUGUGUUGAAAGAGUGGCUGCGCACAACACCCCUAGUCUAGCGGAAAUUUUCGGUGUAUCGUGAAUGAUCGCCC